CUGAAUACUAAAUUAUGUAACUGUUCAAAGAAACAACAAUUUUUAAAGGGAUUAUCGGUGUAUCAAAGUUUGAUUGAUGCAGCAACCAAACGUGGUAUAAAACUGAGAAUUACGCAAAAUGCUCAAAGUAAUCCUGAAACAGCAUAUUUGUCUGAGGCCGGUCUAGCCGAUGUUCGCAGUCUUAAUUUUACUGACUUUUUAGGAUCAGGUAUUCUUCAUACAAAAGCAUGGACUGUUGAUGGAAAGCAUUUGUACGUUGGAUCUGCAAAUUUUGAUUGGCGUUCACUUACGCAAGUGAAAGAACUUGGUGUAGCUAUUUUCAAUUGUCCAUGUUUAGCAAGUGAUAUGAAUAAAAUGAUGGAAAUUUAUUGGCUUAUGGGAGCACCAAAAGCCAAAUUACCAAGUAGAUGGCCAAUAAGUUUGAGCACCGCUUACAACAAAAACAGUCCAUUAUCUGUACGAUUGAAUAAUCAUCAAAGUGCCGUCUAUUUUUCAUCGGCACCACCACAGUUCUGUGCUGAUGGAAGAGAGGGUGAUAUUAAUGCUAUAUUACAUAUUAUUAAUACGGCUCAACAGUUUAUACAUAUUUCUGUAAUGGAUUAUAUUCCAGCAAUUUUAUAUGCAAAACAGGCUAAUCGUUUUUGGCCAAUAAUUGAUGACGCUUUACGUACUGCAGCUUAUAAAUAUGUCAAUGUUAAACUGUUGAUAAGUCGAUGGGCACACACUAAAACUGUCCUAUAUCCAUUUUUAUUUUCAAUCGCUGAUAUUAACAAAGGUCUUCAGUGUAUUACCAAGUACAACAGUACAACAAAUCAAUACGAUUGCAUUCAAAAGGGUUCCAUAGAAGUUCGACUUUUUGAAGUUCCAGCAUUUGGAAAUCAGUCACAGAUUCCGUUUGCACGUGUUAAUCACAACAAAUAUAUGGUUACCGACAAUGCUGUUUUCAUUGGAACAUCAAAUUGGUCUGGUGAUUAUUUUGAAUCAACAGCGGGAUUUGGAAUAACGAUCAAAAGUGAUAAUAUUAUGCAACAGUCACAAAUUGUCAAAGAUGUUAAUGAAAAAAUUUUUAUGCGAGAUUGGAAUUCACCGUAUGCUCAAUCCAUUUAUUCCUAUGAUAUCAACGGAAAACCAGUAAAUACCAAAGUUGCAUAA